GCAUCUUACGUGGGGUUUUCUCCACCUCCGCCACUGAAAUUGAAAGCUGCGAAAGCCAUCGCCUCUCUUCUUCCCUCAACUUCUCGCUUCCAAGCAAUGGCGUCUCUUCAGAACUCCCCCACCAUCCACCGAACCCUCUUCCACAACUCUUUACCUCAGUACCAGAAGAAUGCUCAUUUUCGUUCCUGUAGAAGACAAAGUAUUACUUUCAUAGUAAAGGCUUCACAUUCAUCACCACCCACUUCCCCUACAGAAAUGCCAGGAAGACGCCAAAUGAUUGCCAUUGGGACUACUGCCCCUUUGGUUUUUCUGUUUAACCAACAUUCGUACUCCUUUGCUGCAGAAAGCAAGAAAGGAUUUUUGUCAGUAUUGGACAAGAAAGAUGGAUAUUCAUUUCUUUACCCUUUUGGGUGGCAGGAAAUAGUGAUUGAAGGCCAAGAUAAGGUGUUCAAAGAUGUCAUUGAACCACUGGAAAGUGUUAGUGUAAAUAUGAUCCCAACUGGCAAACUGGAUAUUCGAGAAUUUGGACCUCCUGAACAGGUUGCUGAAACUCUAAUAAAAAAGGUUUUGGCUCCUCCAACCCAAAAAACAAAGCUGAUUCAGGCAAAAGAGCAAGACGUUGAGGGAAAAGCGUAUUAUCAAUUUGAGUUUGUUGCUCAGGCUCCUAAUUACACUCGCCACGCUCUCAGCACUGUCUCCAUUGGCAAUGGGAAGUUCUAUACCUUGACAACGGGAGCGAAUGAGAGAAGGUGGGACAAGAUGAAGGAGAGAUUGCAGACAGUCGUAGAAUCCUUCAAAAUUUUCAAUGUAUAGUUUUACAUUUUCAUUUGUUCUCAUAGUAGAGAUUCCCCUGAUAGAGAUAAUAAACUUUCGUCUUCGAGAAUGCUGCCCGAUUUUAAGUCUAAGUUUUCUUCUUUUUUUUAAGGCCAAUUGCCCAUGUAUUGUUAUAGUAGAUAACAUUUUUUCAAUCAACUCGGGGGCAUAUCAGCCCAAUGCUUCAACAUCCUUUUAAAAUUCUAUCCA